AUGCAGAUCCCCUUUACCAGCAGGCCUAUGGCAGAUGCCAAUAUUUUCUCUUGUGUUGAUCCUAAACUUAUCAAAGAAAUGAUUUUAAAAAGUGAAGCAUUUACUUUCCUUCAAAAAGACCCUUUCGUUUAUUCAGCGAUGCUCGGGGCUACUCGACUUACUGAAAUGGUAUCUUUUCUUUUUGAGGGAAAACACGCAGAACCAACAUUAUAUAAAACUUUUUUCUUGUUUCUCGUGUGUGGAAGAAAGAUCAUGGAGCUUUAUUCCCUACUUGAAGGGUUAAAUGAAGAUUUUCGGUUCUGGGCAUCGGCUUUAAAAUCCCCCGUUGGUUUCUGUUAUUAUUCAUUGGCAUGUAAGCGUGAUAAGGCAAAAUUAAAAGUAGGACCUGUUUAUUACAUCCAAAAAAAACCUCUAUGGUUUGUGUUUUCAAAGAACUCGUUUCGCUCUCAAAUACACCAGAAAAAGAUGGAAAUAUUUAUUCAAAUUUCGGCAUUAAUGAAUUUCCAGUGGAUGGCUGCUUUAAAAGGUGAUGAGAAAUACAUUUCCGAAAUUUUACCUCAACUCACAUAUCAGAAAUCGCUGCUAGAAUCGCCCAUAUCAUUGACCACGUUUAGAAAGCCAAAUUUGAUUUUAAGAACUUGGCCAAUGGCACUUUUAGUCUUUGCUUCUUGUGCUUCCAUCGGCCAUCUUAUCGCAGUGAUGAACGUUGAGUGGUGGCUAGACAAAUUUGUCCAAUUAAAAGAGACACUAAUAUCUGCGUCAAUCAAAUGGAUCAUAUCUCCUUUAAAAGACAUGUGGGCUAUGAUCAGAUAUAAAACGAGAAAAUUUGGCAUUGAAUCUUCACUCUCAUCUGAUGCAGAGGCAGGUGGAAUAUUUAACUCUUAG